AGGAGGAGGGAGGAAGAGCUGCUGGGUGGCCAUGUGAGCCAAGUCUGCACAGAGACAACAAACCCUCCCCAAAGUAUGCGCGGCGGCUGCGGUGUUGCUGGUGCGGGCGGGGGCUGGUGGACGUCCGCUUGACACAGGUGGACGCGUAGCGGGGAGCGCGGCAGCUCAUCGCCGCGAGAGGAGGCGCACCAGGCGGCUGCGGUGCCAAGCCCACGUCGGCGUGCUCCCGGAGCGUUUUGGAAGCGCUGCUCAUCCCGCUUACCUCUUCAUCAUUUUGGUGAUCAACUAGUCGAGUGAGGAAGAGGAGCUCUCUGUGCAGAGGACAGCAUGUCUAAAGAGGCGAGAGGAAGAGGUUCGUCACGCAAGCACAGUGCCACCCACUGGUGUCUGCAGAACAUUGCGCAAGAAUCUGUGGACACCUCUGAUGAGGAGUUUUUCGAUGCGCGAGCAGAUGUGAUGGAGGGGAAAAGUGCCAUGCUGCUGGGCAUGAGUCAGUGGAACUCCAACGACCUGGUGGAGCAGAUUGAGACACUGGGACACAUGGACCCGUCUCACGAGGUCCUCUACCAGCUGGGCGAUCCACGCUGUGCCCCCCAAAGCAGCAUUGAAGGACUGGAGGACGGAGAGAACACUAAAUGUCGGACGCACGUGCUGCUGCUUGUGGUACACGGGGGCAACAUCUUGGACACUGCGGGGGGCGACCCUUGCGCCAAGGCGGGCGACGUGGCCACCCUGGCCUCCGUGCUGGACAAGGUGACGCGCGCGCACUUCCAGGCUGCCGCCGAGCACGUGAUGAUCAAGCUGGUGCCGUGCCCGGCUGUGUGCGCCGACGCCUUCUCGCUGGUGUCCAAUCUGAAUCCGUACAGCUACGACGAGAGCUGCGUGUCGAGCAGCGUGGACCACCUGCCGCUGGCCGCCCUGCCGCUGCUCGCUAUUGUCUCGCCGCGCUACCAGGACGCCAUCGCCACUGUCAUCGCCCGCGCCAAUAAAGUCUACCGCCACUUCCUGCAGUCCGAUGACGGGCAGGGCUUCUCGGGACAGGUGUGCCUCGUGGGUGACUGCGUGGGCGGCGUGUUAUGUUUUGAUGCGUUGUGCUUCAGCAACCAGCAAAGACCUGGCAGCCCAAACAACAACAACACUAGCGGCAGCAGGAAUAACAGCACUGAAAGUCUCAAGGAAAUCUCGGGCCUGCUUGGAGAGUCCACUCCUGGUCUGAGCUCCAGCAAAAGGCUCAGUAAGAGCAACAUCGACGUCUCGGCCCCCAACGAAGGCCGCUGCCAGGGGGCCCCGCCCCUCAGCCGCAAGCAGAGCGACUCGUACGACGGCGACACGUCGUCUACUGGCCAGCACGUCUUCUUCUCCAGUCUGAUGAAGGAGAGCGUGGAGGUGCGCGGCAGCAGUAACAGCAGCCCGAGUCUGCUGCUUAAUCCUGGACGCUUGGACUUCGAUGUGUCAGACUGCUUCCUGCUGGGCUGUCCUUUGGGUCUGGUGCUAGCCAUGCGGCGCACCGUGCUGCCCGCUGUCCAGGUGCAUCAGCUCCAUCCGGCCUGCUCUCAGAUCUUCAACCUUUUCUUCCCGUCGGACCCUUCGGCCUCCAGGCUGGAGCCUCUGCUGCAGCCUCUCUUCCACAAGCUGCCCCCCUUCGCUGUGCCACGCUAUCAACGCCACCCACUGGGCGACGGACGCUCUUUGGUCAUAGGCGAGAGCAUCCAGGGCCAUCCGGACGUGUUUCUAGAGGGUGAUCAGACCCCCGCGGCUCCUCAGUCUUCCUCUGGUGAAAGAGCUCGACGGGCCAGCGUGACUAGCGUGGAGAGCCAAAUGUCCAUCGGCUCCGUCGGCCAUCAGCUGGGCGACGCCAUCGCAAACAUUUCCAGUGGCUGGUGGGGCUCCAAGAGGCUGGACUAUUCCCUCUACUGCCCCGACGUUUUGACCGCCUUCCCCACGGUUGCACUGCCGCACCUUUUUCACGCCUCCUACUGGGAGUCCACCGACGUCGCUGCCUUUGUCCUCCGACAGCUCAUGCGGUGUGACUUUGUGAAGACGCACGAAGCGGACAAUCUGGACUCGGCCCCCUUCUCGCCCUCCAGCCCGCGAGAAAAGUGGCUGCGACGGAGGACGCACGUCAAGCUGAGGAACGUCACCGCCAACCACCGGGUGAACGACGUCAUCGCCACAGAGGACGGAGCACAGACGCUGGUCGGCCGCUUCAUGUACGGGCCCUUGGACAUGGUGACACUAACGGGAGAAAAGGUGGACAUCCUGCUGAUGACGCAGCCCCAGUCGGGACGCUGGGUGCACUUUGACACGGAGGUGACCAACAGCAAUGGCCGGGUGACGUACACCAUACCCAGCGACAAGAAGCUCGGCCUCGGAGUCUAUCCUGUUAAGAUGGUGGUUAAGGGCGAUCAAACGUCUGCCGAGGCCUACCUGACGGUCUUGCCCCGCGGCAUGGAGUGCCUGGUCUUCAGCAUCGACGGCUCUUUCGCCGCCAGCGUGUCUAUCAUGGGCAGUGACCCCAAGGUCCGCCCCGGAGCCGUGGACGUCGUAAGGCACUGGCAAGACCUCGGCUACCUGAUCAUCUACAUCACGGGUCGUCCUGACAUGCAGAAGCAGCGCGUGGUGUCUUGGCUGUCGCAGCAUAAUUUUCCUCACGGCAUGAUCUUCUUCUCAGAGGGUCUAGUCCACGACCCACUGCGACAGAAGACCAUCUUCCUCAGGAACCUCAUACACGAGUGUCACAUCAAGAUCAACUCUGCUUAUGGAUCCAUGAAAGACAUCUCGGUUUACAACAUGCUCGGCCUCGGACCGGCACAGAUCCACAUAGUGGGAAGACCUUCAAAGAAGUACCAGAACCAGUGCCAGUUCUUGAGUGAUGGCUACGCAGCGCACCUCUCCACCCUCCAGUUCGGCCACCGAGCCCGACCCAAGAAGUCGCCUUCGGUCCGCAUGGUCCUCAGGAAAGGCUCCUUCGGGCUCACCGCCAAGCCGGACUUCCUGUGCAAACGCACCCACCUGCGCAGGACCAUGUCGGUCCAGCAGCCCGACCCACCUUGCACGCCCAACCCCAAGCCCGAGCGGGCCCAGAGCCAGCCGGAGUCGGACAAGGACCGCGGGGGAGGAGGCGGGCCAGGCGUGUGGGUGCGGGGCGUCAUGCAUCGUGGGGACACCACUCCUUGACGCUGGACCAGCAGAUGGAUGGAUCGCUGGAGGACAGUGGAAGAGUUGAGGCUAAGAUCCGGGGACGACGACUGCGACGGCGGCGGCACAAUCAGGGGUAAUGGCGUCGUGGUGGCGAGAGCCUGCGGGAGCAAACAGCGCUGACGCGGCCACGCACAUUAAUCACAACUUUGCCGCCGAUGUGACAGACUUCAUUAAUUCUCGCUCAUAUUUGCAGCUUCGUAGCUGCCCCCUUUUUUUUUUUUUUUUUAUCAGAUGAAGCCCCACUUUUGUCUUCUCGCCUCAACUUAUUCAACACACGAGGAUACAAGCUUGACAAAAAGAUUCGUUUCGACCAAUGUACACAGAAGCACUUUUUUGGCCCCCACAUCUGCUGAACAUUUUGCUUGGCUUUGCCCCAGAGGUUGCACUACCACAGUCUAAUGCAGUCGUUGAUGAUUCAUCUAUGCUAGACCAGCGGGUUAUUUGUGUUUGUAUUUGUUCAAUUUGAAGCAGCAGAGUGGCCCUGUGGUUACGUCUGCCUCACAGUUCUGAGAUUGGAGGUUCGAGUCUCGGCUCUUGCCUUCCUCUGUGGAGUUUGCAUGUUCUCCCCGCACUUGUGUGGGAUUUCUACGUGCACUCCAGCUUCCUCCCACAUUCCAAAAACAUGCAUAUUUAGGUUGAUUGGAGAUUCUAAAUUGUCCAUUUGUCGAUAUGUGCCCUGUGAUUGGUUGGCAACCAGUCCAGGGUGUACCACACCUUCAAAGCCAGCUCCCCCAAAACACUACAGAGGAAAAUGGAUGCAUGACAGGGUUUGAUAUUACAGCAUAUAUUUUUAGUUUUUUUGUGGGGAGGGGCUGUAUUUUUCAGUAUUUUUUUUUUGAUUGUUUGUUAGGUAUUUAUUUUUUUCUGUAUUAGUGACAUUACCUGAGCAUUAAAAGAAAUAUAUUAGUGGUGUUUUUAUUUGUGUUUUAAAGAGGUAGUAUUUUUCUGUAUUAAUUUUUUUAUUUGCUAUUUUCCAGCUUACCCAUGGCCACUGUGAGAAUAAGCGGCAAAGAAAAUGAAUGGAUGGAUAUUUAUUUCAAUUCAUAAAUUACAACAAAAACAACCUAAGAUUAUGUUUAUCAGCUAAUGAUAACAUUGAUGCAAAACAUGUUGCGACAAGCGGGGACAUGAGAGCCUAUGUUAGCGUUGAAUGUGAUAGAAGCAAGGCUAGUUUGCCUCAGUAAAUAGCUGAAAGAAAAGAACAAAUGUGCUUGGUGGUGGUUUUUUUUGGCACUUGCAAGAAGCACGUUGCUUUGUUGUUAGCCUUGUGUUUUAACAUUAGGAUUCUUCGUCCACAGAGGGCAGAAAUGUCUUCUCUUUUAUUUGCGCUGAGUGUCCGUUUGAAGACAGGACUUCUGUGGAUCAGCAACUGCUACACAUGCAAACAGGAGCAAAAAGUGAUGAAAUAAUAUGUAAAAAUGAAAAAAAAAUCCAACUGAAUUUACUUAUAACUGACUUUGAUUGUUGUGUGAAUGCUGAAAGACAAGCCGAGUUGAAAAAUGUUUUCUAUUGUUCUUGUUCAAGUGGAAAUUCCAAAGCGAAUUCUUAAUUUGACAAAUAUUUUGGGGGGUAAACAAUUAAAGGUUACUACAUUUCAUGUACUGUUUGACACUGAACGAGACUAUUUUAGAUCUGCAAUUUCCGUCGAGCAAAAUUGUUCGAGAUUGGCUGGGGACGAGUUCAGGGUGUACCCUGCCUCAUGCCCAGACUUGGCUGGGAUAGGCUCCAGCACGCCCGCGACUCUACAGAGGAUAAGCGGUACAGGAAAUGAACAAAUGAAUUAGUUUGAAAAAAACGAAAAGUAAUUGAUCAAGUAUGCUGCUCAUAUCCACUAGGGGCCGUAUUUGCAUUUUAUGUGGUGAUUGCUAUGGUAUGCUGUGAUGUAUUAACCUGAGCACAUUUCUGAUUUUUGUUUUUUUGUUUUUUUCUCUUUCAGCAUUUACAUGCAAUUUCUGCUGCAUUUCCCCACCAGUUCUUGCCGUAGCUUAGUAGCUCACAGUGUGAGGAGUCAAUCGGUGCGCUCAGGGUCCGAUUGAGGCUGCCUGUGAACAUGUGUGACCACUCUGUACAAACCUAUUUUUCUAUGAGCAAAUUUUGUAAAUAGGAAAAUAUUUUAAUUGUCUUUGGCGACCUACAGACAGGUCUCAACUUGUUGUUGUUGUUUUUUUUUUGCCUUAAGUUGUACUCGAUGUUGUUUUUUGACCAAAGUACUCCUGUACAUGCUGUUAGCUUUAGUAAUUAGCUCUUUAAUUAGUGUAUGUAUAUGACUCCCUGCAGUCUAAUUGCAUCAAUUAGUGUUGCGUGUGCAAUAAUGUAUAACUGGUUGUAAUUGAGUGUACACAAUGUUGCUAUAAGCAAUUAAAAAAUAAAAAGGUGGCAAAAUGUAACAACAGACAUAACAUUAAAUGGAGCGUUUAAUUUACUAGUGUCCAGUUUGCUGCCCGUCAGGUGGUUUGUGGUGAAAAAUUCAAUUGUUUUGAGUCAGAGUGCUUUCAUUAUUGCUAAAAGAAAAGAAAGAAAGUUAUUGACAGGGUCAGUCUGAAGAAAUU